UCAGGUUAAACAAACGAGAUAAAGCGAGUUAAUUUGUGAGCUUUGGAGGUACUGCUAGGUGGAUUUUGUUUUCUUUGGACAGAGCCUAGAGUCUUCGUGCUAAGCUAAGUUAGCCUAGUACAUCUUGAUAGGUCAGUGUUGAUCUUAGCUAACUUAAUUAAUUUAUCAGCAAGAAAGCUAGCGUCUCCCAAAAUGUCCCACUAACAUUAACGUUAUUCCUUUAAUCAAUUUGGCUUCAACCCGAAAUGCAGCUUUCAACAAUAAACAAGCAACCAAGCCAAUAGUCUCCAUUUCCAAAUGAUUUUUAAAUUACCUGGCUCCCGCAGCUCAAACGACUAAGAACCCUCUCCCCCGAAAAAAGUUAAAAUUAAGUACUUUUAAAUUAAAGGGUAAUUCGAAGCCUCUGCGUGGCGUGUCCUCAGGCUCCCGGGUUGCGUUGAGAGAGGAGGGAGGAGAGAGAGAGAGGCUGGCUGACACCGACCACGGCAGCAGCAUGACCAGAAACAAACAGACCCGACUACUUUGACACUGCGCUCCUGUGGAGGCGACGAGGGGAGACGCCGCGCUUCCCAGGGCUGACACUGUACAUUUUUUGUACAACCGAAGAAGACGACCCGACUUCAAAAAGCAAGUGGGCUCGGUCUUCUGCGCGCUUCAAAACGCUGAUCAGACAUGGUGGACACCCAGCAGCUCCUAGCCUGGCCUGUCGGUUUCAGCCUGAGCGCCGUGGACCUGUCAUCAGAGCUGGACGACAGCUCCCACUCCCUCGACAUGAAGCAUUUGUCAACGUUAGACUACGCCUCCAUCUCCUCCUCCUCCAUCCAGUCCUCCCUGUCUCCCCCGCUCGUAUCCUGCAUCUCCUCCGCCGGUGUGGCCUAUGACCCCAGCCCUCCGCAGAGCGAAGAGCACCUGACCAACAUGGACUACACAAACAUGCACAGCUACAGGAUGGAGCCGGACACUCACAACUUGAUCAAGUUGGAGCCGGAGUCGCCUCCGCAGUACUCUGACAGUCCCGUGUUCUCCAAGCUCCAGGACGAUACGACAGCAGCGGCGCUAAACAUCGAGUGUCGUGUGUGUGGGGACAAAGCCUCGGGGUUUCACUAUGGCGUCCAUGCCUGUGAGGGCUGUAAGGGUUUCUUCAGACGCACAAUCAGGUUGAAGUUGGUCUAUGAUCACUGUGCUCUUCACUGUCGCAUUCACAAGAAGUCCCGCAACAAGUGCCAAUACUGUCGCUUCCAGAAGUGCCUCAAUGUCGGAAUGUCACACAACGCCAUUCGUUUUGGCCGGAUGCCCCAGGCGGAGAAGGAGAAACUGCUGGCUGAGUUCUCAUCUGACAUGGAGCACAUACACCCGGAGGCAGCAGAUCUGAGGGCUCUGUCCCGGCAUCUGUACGAGGCCUAUCUAAAAAACUUCCCCCUCACCAAGGCCAAGGCCAGGGCCAUCCUCUCUGGGAAGACCGGAGAUAACGCGCCUUUUGUCAUCCAUGACAUGAAGUCUCUAAUGGAAGGGGAGCAGUUCAUUAAUUGCAGGCAGAUGCCCAUCCAGGAGCACCAGCAGCAGACAUCCGCCCUAACGGUCGAACAUGGAGGAGCCCACCUGGGGUCAGAGUGUGGCGUUUUGAACGCUGUGGAGCUGCGUUUCUUUCACAGCUGUCAAUCACGUUCGGCUGAAGCAGUGAGAGAAGUGACAGAGUUUGCCAAGAGUAUCCCAGGAUUCAUCGAUCUGGAUCUCAAUGAUCAGGUAACUUUGCUGAAGUACGGCGUGAUCGAGGUCUUAAUCAUCAUGAUGUCACCCCUGAUGAACAAAGACGGAACCCUCAUCUCCUAUGGACAGAUCUUCAUGACGCGGGAGUUCCUCAAGAGUCUCAGGAAACCCUUCUGUCAAAUGAUGGAACCAAAGUUUGAGUUCUCAGUCAAGUUCAACACGCUUGAGCUGGACGACAGCGACAUGGCGCUGUUCCUGGCUGUCAUUAUCCUCAGCGGGGACCGUCCAGGCCUGCUGAAUGUGAAGCCCAUCGAGCAGCUUCAGGAGACGGUGCUACAUUCGCUGGAGCUGCAGCUGAAGCUAAACCACCCAGACUCUCUGCAACUGUUCGCCAAGGUGCUCCAGAAAAUGACCGACCUGCGUCAGAUCGUCACUGACCACGUCCACCUCAUCCAGCUGCUGAAAAAGACGGAGGUGGACAUGUGCUUACAUCCACUGCUGCAGGAGAUCAUGAAGGACUUAUAUUAGAAUUAAACAGGAGAAAAGGACACAUAGAGAAAAGUGGGAAGACAGAUCAAAGAGAGAAUAAAGAGAUUUUAUUUUUGAAAUCAUGUCAUGUGAAAUUAGAUGAAAAAGCACUUUGUGCUGCUGGCGUGUUAAAAGGGAGGUAGCCAGACAGGCUGACUGAUAAUGAGAAAGAGAUGAGGAAGAACAGGAAAAGUGAAAUCAAGGAAAGAAAAAAUCUGUGUUAGAUCUUGUCUAGACAGCAGCAUGUGAAUAACUUGCGGUGCACAGUCAUUUAGCCACUGCUGAACCUAAACAUUUUGUGAAUGAGUAGGCUGCCAACUUAACUACGAAACUACCAACUAUUGCACCAAUCAUGAGUGGUGUCCAUGACUAACCAAAAGAGUGGGGACUUUCUUAUUGCCAAGCUGAAACUUAAAAUUUGUGAGUGCCCAACACAGCCUUCUUCAAGUGCCAUAAGGAGAAAUGCACCACUGUGAAUAUUUUACAACGUGUCACACAGCACAGUAUGUGUUACAUUACAACUGUCAUAGGCAGCAGCAGUGUGUACGUGCUUCAGUACCUCUGUGAACACACACAGAUGCAUGAAUGCUCACAAGCUCGCGCGCAAGCACACACAAAACAAUGAUCAGAAUGAAUAGUCAUUUUCUGUUUUGGCAGGGUUAAGGUGCUAUCUCUCUUUAAUCAGUUUUAUCCAAAGACAGAAAUCUGAUUAUUGCCUGUAACAUAUUUUAGUGUCAGUCACCUGUAGAAACUGUGAGAAAGUGUGAAGCCAACAAAAUGUCAUUAUGAUUUCACUUCUUUGUUGAAAAAUGAAACAGUAUACGCCAUAUUGUGCCUUUUAAGACUAGGUUUUUUUGUGUGGAAUGAAUGACAUUUAAAUAACAUUAGAUAUAUUACACAUGUAUAAUGUAUAAUAUAUAUUCAUUUAUAUUAUUUUUGUAUGGAUAAAAUUGACUGUCAAACACAAUUGGCUUUUCAGCCGUAGUUGUUUUGUUUCAAAUUCUUACAAAGUGGUUGAGUUUUACUAUGAAAUUAUUUUGUAUAUGUGCGAAGGGUCUACUGUGUCUGAUCAAUGAGAUGUUGGGUUUGGCAGGGGAAGAGGGGGUGUUGUAAAUAAAAUAUUUUCUAACUUUU